AAACUACAUUGGACUCUGUGUUUUCCGUUAAUUACGGUCCAUGCCAUCUCGUUUCGUACUCCAUUGCAUUUGCCCCCUUAAAUAUACUCACUGAAGAAACAGAAAAAGGAAGAAAAGGAAAAGGAAAAAGGAAAAUAAGAGAAAACCCCUUCUCUCUCUGCUCCCUAUCUGUCUCCCAAUCCCCGAAACACCACAGCGGCCGCUCCUGGUGUCACACUUACUCCCAGCAUAUUUUCUCAGGAAAGUUCGAUUUUCCGAGAAAAUUAGAAAUUUUUUCUUAUGGGGAAGAGGAGGCUCUGCCCGACCAUCUACGGUGCAGCCGUACGGACGGUCGGCAAUGGCGGUGUAAAAGAAGAGUGAUGGGCGACAUGAAGCUUUGCGAGAUUCACUAUCUCCAAGGCCGUCACCGACAGAACAAGGAAAAAGUCCCGGAUUCGCUGAAAAUCUUGAGGAAGAGCAAGAAAUCUCCGAGCAAGGACCCGGAGCUCCAAAGUAGGGUGCAGAAUGUGAAGAAGAAGUUGUCGAAGCCGAUGAAGAGGAAGAAUAAAUCGGUGAGGGUUUCGGAGGCCCUGGGGGAGGCAUUGCGGAAGAUGAAGUUUAAGAAAGGCAAUCUGCAGUUGGAGCUGAUAACAAUGGUGCUCAAGAGGGACUUGGAGAAGAAGAAGGAGACGAGGACGAAGAAGACGAAGAACAGUGAUUCAGUUUCGGGGUCGAAGAAGAAGAAGAAGAUGAAAAGGGGUGAGAUGGAUAUAGAGGAGAAUUGUGAUGGAGAGGAGUUGACGAGAGAAUUGCCCAAUGGAGUGAUGGCAAUCUCCCCUGCACCGUCGCCUUCUCCACGAAAUUGCAGUAAUGCGGGUGCUAACUGCGAUGUGAAAGUCGGAGUAGACACAAGCGUUGUCAGGCGACGGUCCUUUCGGUCCAAGAACAUUGAGCCUCUCCCUACUGGCACAAUGCAGGUUUUACCCUAUGGGCAGAGUGAGGACAAGCUGAGGACGGGAAGAAGGAGAAGGUGCCACUGGUGUCGAAGAAGUUCUUCCUCGAGUCUCGUUAAGUGUUCGAGUUGUCAGAAAGAGUUUUUCUGUUUGGGUUGUGUCAAAGAAAGGUUUUUUCGAUUCACUCCUUGUUGUAGGUAUUUUGAUACACAAGAAGAAGUUAAGACGGCUUGUCCGGUCUGUCGAGGAACUUGCACCUGUAAGGAUUGUUUGGCUAAUCAAUCUAAUGACAGUGAAAGUAAGGAUUCUCUGAGGGAGAAGUAUAAUGUUGGAAAAAUAUUGCAUUUGCAUUAUUUGAUAUGCAUGCUUCUUCCUGUAUUAAAACAAAUAAACCAAGACCAAAGUGAUGAGCUUGAAACAGAGGCAACAUCAAAAGGGAAGAGACCUUCUGAAGUUCAUAUCAAGCAGGCUGAAUUUGGCUGCAGUAAGCAACAUUGCUGCAAUAGCUGCAAAACUUCAAUCUUGGAUCUGCAUAGAAGCUGUCCUAGUUGUUCUUAUAAUAUCUGCUUAAGUUGUUGUCGAGAUUUUUGUCGUGGGAGCUUCCCUUUGAGCGUCAACACAUUUAUCUCAAAGUACACGAAUAGAAGGAAAGCUUGUAUGUCUGGUAACAAGCAACUUUUACGGAAGAAGCUUGCCAAGAGAAGUUCUAGCACAUCACUAUCUCCAUCACAAUCUAACAGGAAAGCCUGCAAGACCAUCGGAAGAAUAUAUUGUCCUCCCUCGAAGUUUGGUGGUUGUGGCAAAGGCCUCCUUGAUUUGAGAAGUGUUUUUCCCUUGAGUUGGAUCAAAGAGCUGGAGGUAAGUGCAGAGGAAAUAGUGUGCAGCUAUGAGUUCCCGGAAGCUCUUGACACAUCUUCAUGCUGCUCACUAUGCCUUGACAUGGAUCAUAAAGCUGUUGGAAUUGAGCAUUUGCAAGAAGCAGCUGUAAGGGAAGAUUCAAAUGAUAACUUUUUGUAUUACCCCACACUUCAGGAGGUUCAUGGCGAUAACCUUGAACACUUUCAAAAGCAUUGGGGUAAGGGCCAUCCUGUAGUAGUUCGUGAUAUGCUUCAAACCACAUCAGAUUUGAGUUGGGAUCCUUUAGUUAUGUUCUGCACUUAUCUUGAGAGGAGCAUCGCCAGAUAUGAGAAUAAUAAGGAUUUACUUGGAGCUAGAAAUUGCUUAGAUUGGUGUGAGGUAGAAAUCGGUAUCAGGCAGUAUUUUAUGGGUUCUCUCAACGGGCGGACGCAUACGAAUGUGUGGCAUGAGAUGUUUAAAUUGAAGGGUUGGCUGUCUUCUCAUAUACUUCAAGAACAAUUUCCCUCUCAUUAUGCUGAAAUAAUCAACUCUCUACCACUUCAAGAAUACAUGAAUCCCAUGUCUGGACUUCUAAAUUUAGCUGCAAACUUGCCACCGGAAAUUCGAAAGCCUGACCUAGGCCCAUGUGUCUAUAUAUCAUAUGGCUGUGCGGAGGAACUUGUACAGGCUGAAUCUGUGACAAAACUAUGUUAUGAUUCAUAUGAUGUGGUUAAUAUUUUGGCACAUACUACGGAUACCCAUAUCUCGACGGAACAGCUUACAAAGAUAAGAAAGUUACUGAAACGGCACAAAGCUCAAUGUCAAAGGGAGUCUUCCUUGAUUACUGCAGAUAAGGGAAUGGCAAAUGAAGUGAAUGGAAGAUCGUCAUUAAAUGGUGAGAACAAGGAAGACUCUGGAUUUCAGAAUGUGACUGAGGAUGAACUGCGCUUACGCAAUAGAGUCGCUAGAGUAUUUUCCUCUUCUGCUACUUCUCAUGAAAGAAGUGCUAUGAGUCCCAAAACUUGUAACAUGUCCUAUGGUGGGGGGUAUGAUUCUGAAACUGACUCUGAUUCCGAAGCCACUUUACCCUGCUAUGAAUCUGUGUUGAGCUCUGACACAUCAGAUCAGAGAAAGUUUCGGGAUCACACCCAAAGCUCUAACUUUUAUAGAAAGAAAGUAUUUUCCGAGUCUUCUGGUGCUCAAUGGGAUGUCUUUCGCAGACAAGAUGUUCCAAAGCUUAUAGAGUAUCUGCAGAGGCACUCUAGUGAGUUCAGCCAUAUGUAUGGCUUUCAUAAGCAAAUGGUUCAUCCAAUUCUUGAUCAAAGUCUCUUUCUUGACACAAGUCACAAAAUGAGGCUUAAGGAGGAGUUUGAAAUUGAACCAUGGACUUUUGAGCAACAUGUUGGAGAAGCUGUCAUCAUUCCCGCUGGAUGUCCAUACCAAAUUAGGAAUCCUAAGUGUUGCAUACAUGUGGUAUUGGACUUUCUCUCGCCUGAAAAUGUUACCGAGUGUGUCCAGUUGACUGAUGAAGUAAGGCUGCUUCCAGAUGACCAUAAAGCAAAAAUAGACAAGCUAGAGGUGAAGAAAAUGGCCCUUCAUAAUAUUAGUGCUGCAAUCAAACAAAUUCGUGAGCUUACAUGCAAUAUCUAAGUGAUCCAGCUGAUUCUCUUCUGUUUCUCUGUUAUCUCCACUACAGGCAUUGGUAUCAAUUGGUUGAUUUUGAGUUGAGCACAUUAAGAUUUAGUAGGAUAGUUGUCAAAAUAAAAAGCAUGUGGAGUAUCCACUUCAUAUUUAUACAUGCAGUAUUCUUAGAAUUUUAGGUGCCUCUCCGGAAAUUGUAAUUACCAUUUGUUGGUUUGGUUGCACUACUCUCUACAUGCGUACAAAUGUGGGUGGAGUACUCUUUAGAGGCUUGAAGUUGAUAUUCCAUUGUUUUGCAAA